AUGUCAUCCGAUGCUCCACACGCAUCAUGGCAUCCGGCGCUGAUGCCGAACGUCGCGCCGACCCCUAAUCGGAGACCAUCCCUGCCUCCCCCGAAUCCGCCCGACGACCAAGCACCCCGAGAUAUCGAGCCGGUUAUCGACAGCCCCGAACCAGUUGUCGACAACUUAGAAGAGCCCGUCGAGGAAGUGCACGACAAAAGCAUCGGCCCCGAUGCCUGGUUUCCCGAGUACGAGGCAGGGGAUAACUGGCUAGCAGACGCCAGCAAUGUGCCGCCACCGUCUAACGAAGGUCUUGAAACACCGUAUAUGACUGGUCAGGAAGAAGCAGAAGCAGAAUCUACCAAUGCGGGCAAACACCUGAGCUCAAUGUCUUUCGCGCGGACCGUUUCCCACGACGUCAGUUGGGCCGAUGAUGAGGACGAAGAGCCAUCCUUGGCUAGGGUCGACACUGAUCCCUUCAAAUUCAUGCCGCCAUCAGACCGAACCAAUUCAUUCCCCCCUGUUCCUCCGCUUAACCAAUCCGGUAGCCAUGUCGUUGAACAACCGCUUCCUUCGAGCCAGGCAGAAGAUGUCAUUCAUGAGAUCGAAGAGCAUGACAGGCGCGUGGACUCUGGGGCCGAUUUUGCGAGCCCCUUGCAGGAAUUGCACGAAGACAAUGCGUUUGAUGAUGACGACGACCUCGAGGGUGAUACGAGCCAUCAGUACAUUGGAGGUGACGUUCACGGAAGCAACGAAGAAGCUUCUGAGGCCAGAUUCACGGAAGGAUUACCGCUAAUUUCUCAUGAUCGGGAAGAGCACGAUUCUGGCCCGCACAAUGCUUUUGCAAGCGAGUUUGCUGCCGACGAGGACGACUUCUUUAACCAAAUACCGGGCGCGGGCGAUUCUGGAUCUCAAGACCCAGAACCUCGGUCGCUGGAGCGCAAGUCCACCGCGCAGGUCAUGGAUGGCCUUCGUGUUGGAGAUUCGUUCUCGAACAUCCACACGGUUGAUGAAGCUCAGGAGGAGGAGGAAGACGAAGAUGAACCACCUUCGGGCACAGCUCCGCCUGAAGAAGCCGCCGAGAUUAAAGAGGAGGAUCUGGAUGCUAAGUGGAAGGCUAUGUUCUCGGGCGACGACGAUGAGGAGUUUCUCUUUGACGAAGCCGGGAAUCCGAAGGAGGUCGACCCGGCUGCCUUUUUCGGCAGUGAUGACGAAGGUUUCCUCGAUGACCAGGAGGAUGAACCGACGCCUCUAGUUGUCGAGCCGGCUCCACAACCACAACCACAACCAGCACCAUCUGCUCCAAACGGGGGAAGUACAGGUUUGAACAGCCGGUAUCUCCCACCAAACCAGCCCCAAGGUUUGGUCUCACAGGCCUCAAUCUCAUACGCGCCUUCUACCACCAACAUGACUGGGAUGCAGCCUGCAGCGUCGCCGGCUUUCCCUUUCCCUACGAUUUCUGCUCCGCCGGCUUUCGUUAGCCCCCAGUAUGGGGCUCAACCGCCCCGUACAGAGCCCAAAAAGGCUCAGAGUUUCGUGGAUAAAUCCAAAGGCGGAUAUACCUCGCCGUACGAUCUUCCGAUGGAGGUGGUGAAGCCAAAGAAGCGGGUGAGCAUGCAGAAUCUUCAACGGGUGCAGGCAUCGCCAGUCGCUCCCCCCGGGCCACCAGCUCCUCGCAGUAGCAGCAUGAAUCAGGCGCCUCUUCCGAGCAGCCACUCGGUCCCGAAUCUCCCACCACAGAGCUUCGUUCAAGCUACGCGUCCGCAAGUUGGGAUUCCUAAGCCUCCGCCACCGGUUUCAAAGCCACAGGAGGCUUUCUUCGAGGAGCUACCGCGAACAUCCAAACCUCGGCCGACAUCGAGACAGAGCAACAAGAGCCUGCCAUCGCCAUCCCAGGCAAGCCCUUAUGUGCCCCAAAGCAGUCAGCCCCCGUCACAGGUACCGCCUCCACCUCUGGCACAGCAGUACCCUGCUCAACCACCUCCACCCCUGGCACAGCAUGUUGGAAACCUGGUAGCUCCCGAGCGGGUCAGCCCAUACGCUCCGCUUCAGGCUGGUCCCGGCACCGUGUCGAGCUUGCCUCCUACAGCGUCCAAUCGAUACUCCCCGGCAGCCUCAGGCAUGCCCCAUCCCAACGGAGCCAUUCCUGCCGCCGCUGCGGCCCGGUACUCUCCGGCCCCGCCAAGCACUCGAUCGCCCAGCGCGAGUUACACUCCAGCUCAGGGAACUGUCACGCCUACUGUUCUUCCUCAUCAACCCCGUACUUCAAGUCCUCUGGCGCAUUUUGAAGUCUCGCAUGACCAGGCAAGGUCCAUGCCUCCGAACCAUGUCGAGGCCAGUCACCUGGAUAGACGCAGCAGCUACGAAUCUCGAUUCCAGAGGGUUCCAUCAUUGCCGCCCACCCGCGAAGUCGAGGAGGAAGAGAGCCCUCCGCAGGCACCCCCGGGGUCCGGAUAUGGUCAGGUGCCUUAUCGACCCAGGCAACCCCCGAAACCAGCUUCGCUCCCGGCGCAAUCAGCUCUUUCUCCACCCAAGCGAAGCAUGUCAAGCUACAGUCCUGCGCCAGAUCUUGUCCCCCCGGCCAGGUCACAGACACAGUCGCCAGGCGCUCUUUACGGCAAUCGCGCCGGCGUCAAAGCAGUGGAUCCUACCCCACGCCCUUCGUCAGCCCAGGGGCCCGCAUCUCCGCGAAUGGCGCCGCCUUCUGUCAUCCCGAUGCCCCAAGCCCCAGUUCCUGCUUUAUCCUCGACUGCCUCCCGACCGCGUGGAUCUUCCCAGCACUUUAACCUUAUCCCACCAACCGAUGGGCGCGAGCAAGAUCCUCUUCAGAGAUGGAAAGGUGCUCCGCUCAUGACAUGGGGCCUCGGAGGCGCCGUUGUUACCAUGUUCCCCAAGGAUAUUCCACGCUACGGCAUCAGCCAAACGGUUCCGAUGGUUGUCCGUAGCCCAGGAGAGGUCAAGGUGCAGAACAUCAAGGAUAUCUAUCCGUUGGAGGAACGGCUGGCAAAAUUCCCCGGGCCUCUCAAGGGGAAGUCGAAAAAGAAGGAAACACUGACUUGGCUAAGCACGGGCAUAGAGGACCUGGAAGCCCGUUUGCCCAAGAAUAUGCCCUUCCAGCCGCAUGUCUCGCAUGAAGAUAAGCGGGCAGUAGAGAGAGUUCUUCUAUGGAAGAUCCUGCGCCUCUUCGUUGAAUAUGACGGCUGUCUGGACGGAAAUGCAACAGUCGAGCAAGCCGUUCGCGCCGUACUUUCGCCGCAACUCGGUGGACAUACGGCGGACGGAGCACCGAUGCACGCAGCCGUCGGAGGAAGCGUCAAGGCGCCACACAGCGCUCCUGCUGCACAGAUGCAUUCCGACGCGGUGGAUCCAUCAGCCAUUGAGGAGGUUCGCAAUCACCUCCUGAUUGGCGCCCGCGAAAAGGCCGUGUGGGUUGCGGCCGACAAACGACUUUGGGGCCACGCCCUGCUUAUCGCAAACACCGUCUCCCCGGAUCUCUACAAACAGGUCACGCAGGAGUUUGUCAGGAAGGAGGUGAACUAUCCCGGUCACAACAAUGAGUCGCUUGCUACCCUCUACGAAAUCCUCUCUGGCAACCACGACGAAUGCGUCGAUGAGCUCGUGCCAGUGCAUGCCCGUGCCGGCCUCCAACUGGUAGCCAAGGACACAGCCCUGGGCCCGUCAAAGGAUGCCAUGGAAGGACUCGACAAAUGGCAGGAAACCCUCGGGCUUAUUCUGAGCAACAGAAGCACGGAUGACACGCGGGCCAUGAACUCGCUCGGCAAUCUCCUCUCCGGCUAUGGAAGGGCAGAAGCAGCCCAUAUCUGUUUCAUAUUCGCCAGAAAUCACACCGUCUUUGGAGGGCUCGACGACCCGGCCUCCAACUUUGUCCUGGUUGGCUCGGACCACAAGAGGCAGGCCGACCAGUUUGCCAAGGAGAUAGAGCCGCUCCUCCUCAGCGAAGUGUAUGAGUAUGGCCUGAGUCUGGCAGGGGCGUCUAACGUCACCUUGACCAGUCCGCAUCUGGCUGCGUACAAGCUCCAGCACGCCCUCGCCCUCGCCGAGUAUGGUCAUCGCCAGAAGGCCCUGCAGUAUUGCGAGGCCAUCCUAAACGCUAUAACCUCACAGACGAGGAGGUCUCCGUACCACCACAUCAUCCUAGAGUUUGCUGUCGACGACCUGAUGAAGAGGCUGAAGCAUAGCCCCAAGGAGGAGUCUAGCUCAUGGAUUCCGAAGCCCAGCAUGAACAAGGUAACGGAUAGCGUGUGGGACCGCUUCAACAAGUUUGUCUCCGGAGAGGACGGCGAGAAUGCCGGCCAGGCAUCGUCAGCCGAUGGCGUAGAGUCCGGUCCAUUCGCUCGAGUUGUCGGAGGCACGCCUACCGUCAGCCGACCGCCGUCUUCAUCUGGCUUUGAACACCAAGGGUUAGGCUCGAUGCCUGGGUACCCGAUGGCGAAUGGACCCGUGGCUUCUGCCGCCCCAACCAAUCCCCCCACCAGGGCUGCUUCUCGAUAUGCGCCUCUGCCUUCACAGCCGGCGGCUGGCACGUCCAGUCCUUAUGAGCCGGGCGCCACAUACGCGCCGCGCACUUCGAUAGAGCGCAGGUCCAGUGAGUUCAACCAGGGAUCUUUCGAAUCGCCCAGGAGGUCCUCCGAGAUGCAGCCUGGGGUUCCGAACACCUACGUACCAAACAACUCUUCCUUGCCAGCUCCAAGCUACCAGCCGACUCUUUCAACAGAAUCGUCCUACAUGCCAGUCUCACCGCCUGAUCACCAUGCCGCUUCACAGCCAUCAGUGGCUCCGGGUUUUGCGGCUCCGGGAUAUGAGCUCCACGCAAAGACCAAUUCUGUUCCAAAUGGAUCACCAUAUGAGCCACACAGUCCCACCGGAGAAGAAAAUACUGCCAGCGUGGUGAACGACUCGACCAUGAUCUCUGAGAGUCAACCGUCUCAACCGCCGUCGUACGGUUAUGAACCGCCUUCAUUCACGCCGUAUGAACCUCCUGCGGAGAAAGGAGCCGAUGCAACAGAAGAGACAGCAAGCACCGGCUACGAGCCCCCUUCAUAUCAGCCCUAUGGAUACGAGCCGCCGUCGUACGAGCCCGUUUCGCAACCGGAUGGUGAUUCAGACUCGGAGUCAAAGCCCAAGCCCAAAAAGGGCAUCAUGUACGACGACGACGACGUCGACAUUCCAGUCGUAAAAGCUGGGGAAAAGUCGAAGGAGGAGAAAGACCGGGAGAACGCCGAAAUGUUCCGCAAGGCAGCGGAGGAGGAUGGUAAGCAUCAAGACCCUGAGGCAAAGGCGGGCAAGAAAGGCUGGGGCUUCACCGGCUGGUUCGGCGGUGGCGGAGCAAAGAAGGAGUCGCUGGACUCGGCUUCACCCAACAAACCUAUCCGCGCCAAACUUGGAGAGCAGAACUCGUUCUACUACGACCCUGAACAGAAGCGCUGGAUUAACAAGAAGGGCGGCACCGAGGACAAUGCGGCAAAGACGGCUACUCCCCCGCCCCCCAGGGCCACCGCCCGUUCCGCCGCUUCCACCCCACCGCCGCCAGCAUCGGCUGCCCUGGGCCGCGCCAGCGCGCCGCCGGGCGGGCCGGGCGGGCGGCCAAUGGGUUCCUUGACGUCGUCGCCGUCAGCCCCUGCGGCGGCCAACCCUGGCGGGUCUGAGGGCAAUUUCGCACCGGGCCCUGCAUCCAUGCUGCGGUCGGCCUCGAACACAAGCACUGCCAGCGGGCCGCCGGGUCCGCCGCUGAGGACCAUUAGCAACGCGAGCAGCAUCGACGACCUGCUCAGCGUGGGACCGCGGCAGAAGGGCGCUAAGAAGGCGAGGAAGAGUGGGAGAUAUGUCGACGUGAUGGCGAAUUCGUAAUCACGCCUGGACUGACGAGGAUGGAUGGAUGAACAUUUUUAGAGGAUGAGGAACCGAUUCAAAGAGCUAUGGCUUGGUGACAGCGCAUAAGAUAUACAUACACAUACAGGGGGGUUACGGGUGUUUGAGGGAAACCAGCAUAUUGCUGACCCAUUGCUAUACUGUACAGUACAAUACCUGCUUUUGUAAUAAUCCCUGUCUAUCAUCAUCAUGAGGAAACCGACACCGGCGUCCUGCUCCUGGGUUCAUAUUAUCCGGUUACAAAACUGGGGAUCUCGGAGUAGAUAAGAAACUAGGACAGACGACACCGAACAAACAAACGAAUGUCUUACUUCUAGUGUAUUAC